AUGGAAGAAUUUGCUGCGAAAUCCCUUUUAGGGAAGUUAGGCUCUUCUGCAAUUAAAGAACUUUAUCUGGCAUGGGGACUUAAAGCUGAACUUGCAAGUCUUGAAGAGAAAUUGUUAGCCAUCAAUGCAGUUUUGAUGGAUGCCGAGAAGAAACAGUCCCAGAAUGAGAAGAUUCGGUUCUGGCUUCAGAUGCUCCGAGAAUUCAUGUAUGAUGAAGAGGACGACCUCAACGACAGGCUAGCCAAGAUUGAAUCUCUGAAGUCUCUGCUUGGCCUCACCGAGCAGACAAGUGAUCAUAGUUCUGUCUUGCCUGAGGAAAUAUCAGAGAUGAAACAAUCCUUUGAGAGCUUUUUCGGUCUUAUUGGAAGAGACAGGGACAAGGAAUGCAUCAUCAACCUCUUAGGAGAACCUUUCAAGGUUGAUGAAGCUCAUCCCUUUGCCAUUCCAAUAGUCGGAAUGGCUGGUUUGGGGAAGACUGCUCUUGCCAAAUCGGUGUAUGACGAUGGAAGUGUGGAUGCCUUUUUUGAGCUGAAGAUGCAGGCAUGUGUUUCAGAUGGAUUUGCUCUCAAACAAGUGAUGCAAAAGAUGAUCAACUCUGCAACUGGGGAAAGAUGUAACGACUUGGAAGAGGUUGAACUAAAAGCAAAACUAGAAAUGAUUAUGGGUUCUGCUGGUGCACAAGAGUCAAGUCUUCUUGAUCAAAAGGAUUGUCUGACUUUGUUUUACAAGUGUGCAUUUAAGGAAAGGCAGAAGGAGCAACAUCCAAAUUUGGUAGAAAUUGGGAAAGAAAUAGUGGGAAAAUGCAAGCAAAUUCCUCUGGCAGUAAUCAACUUGGAACUCAACUUUAUGUUUUGGAUGGCACAAGGACUGGUUCAUCAAUCAUCACAUCCAAGUGAAAACUUGGAAGAUGUUGGGAUUCGCUAUGUGCCUCUUCCUAAGUUCCCAAAUGAGAUAGAGCGUGUGAGAACGCUUGUUUUUGUAACCAGUCUAGAGGAACCUAGUUGCAGAACAGACUUCGAGAAAUGUUUGUCAGGAUUUAAGCAUUUGCGGUCGCUGGAACUAAUGGAUGUCUGUGAAUUUCUGCCGGAUAAGAUUGGCUCCCUGAAAGAGUUGAGAUAUCUGAAUUUGGUUGAGAAUACAAAGCUGAAAAGAUUCCCAAAAUCUAUUUUCAAGUUACAAAAUUUACAGGCUCUGAUUCUAAGUGAUGGAUUCGAAGAGCUGCCAAAAGAUGUGAGGUGCUUGAUCAGCCUUAGAUUGUUAUUUCUAAUCACCAAGCAGAAGCGGUUGCCAGAAGGUGGAGUUGGGUGCUUGGAGAGUCUUCAAAUUUUAUUGAUUGCUAGCUGUGAAAAUCCUGAAUAUUUGUGUGAAGAUAUGCAAGAAUUGCCAGAGUGCACCGGCAAUCUGAAGGAACUUCAAAAGCUUGUGAUCAGGAUGUGUCCAAGUCUGGGCGAAAGGUGCCAAAGGGAAACAGGAGAAGAUUGGCCCAAGAUUGCUCAUGUCCCUCAUAUUGAUGUUGACUAUAUUCAAUGGAAAACCAGCUUUACCAGAGCAAGAAGAGCGAGCUGUGUCUUGUCGGCUCAGAUCUUCUACAACAGUGAGCUCCUUGCGGUCAUUGGCUUGAAGCUGGAUGUUUCUGUCUUGUUUAGAUCCUCGAGCCUUGAUUUUCUUAGCUGCCUGUUUGCGGCUGGUUAUCUGGAAGACGGUGGAAGGCUAGUUAUGUCCACCGAGCGGCGUUACACACGCCUCCUGAAUGAUGUAGAUACCAUCCACGCGUUGGGACGAGUCUAG